AUGACUACAUCAGCUUCAAUGAACCCAUCUCUCUUUCGAGUAAUCUGUAUACUCCACUCAGUCAUUGCUCUAACAAGUGGGACCCUAAUGAUGUUCUACACAGAGAAGGCUUCCAUCUUCGGACCAGGAAGUGAGAUCGCUAGCAAACUCAAAGGAUCAACGCCGCACGAUGAACUACUCAUUCAGAUAUCUCAGUCUUUCUCCGGUUUGCUCCUCUUUGCUAUUGGUUUGAUACUGUUCAUGGUGUCUUUUGUUAAAGACAGAGAGUUUCACGGCUUCUUCGCUGGAGGGUCUGUGAUUCUCUACGUGUUGAUGGCUUCUUGGAGGGUUUUGUUCGAGUGGAAGAUUGAAGAUCUUGCUUAUGAAUGGCCUAAGCAAGCUCUUGGAGAUAUAGCUUUAGGGAUCUCUUGGGUUUUCUUUCUUGUUUAUUCAUGGAGAGAAAAGUAUGAUUGAUUGAUUGAUGUUUUUGAUUCUUGUUGUAACUUGUGGGCUAAGCAAGAACCUUUCAAUCUUCAGAUUUGGUAAGAGAGAAACUGAAAGCAUCUGUCGGAAUUCAGACAAGAUCAGAUCAGAUCAAACAAUAAAUAGUUUGGAUUCACAUC